AUGUCUUCUUGGGUUACUGAUUUAUUAAGACUUAGACAAAAACAAAAAGAACAAAAAGAGCGAACAUUGGCUAGAAAAGCUGGUAAACUAUCCCCUGCCACAAUUCGUCUUCAAAAUGAUAUAACCAAACUAGCACUCCCCGAUUCAAUUAAAAUCCAGUUCCCAAACCCAAACAACAAAAUGGACUUCAUAAUCAUAGUAUCCCCCACAGAGGGCUACUACAAAAAUGGACACUUCAAAUUCUCUAUAAACGUCAACGAAAACUAUCCAAUUGACCCUCCUAAGGUCAAAUGCACCCAAACCAUCUAUCAUCCAAACAUCGAUUUACAAGGUAACGUCUGUUUAAAUAUCCUACGAGCUGACUGGACCCCUGCCUUGGACUUGAACUCAGUGGUCUAUGGUCUAAAUUUGUUAUUCAAUGAACCAAAUCCAAACGAUCCCUUGAACAAAAAUGCUGCAAAUGAUUUAAUCAAAAAUGAACAGGUCUUUCGAUCAAAUGUCUGUAGAUCAAUGGAGGGCAUGGUUUUCGAUAACGUUAUUUUCGAUAGAGUUCUCUAA